AAAGCUAUUUUUCUCUUGUAAACAAAAUCAAUAAUUUUUAGUUUUUUACAACAAAAAAAUGUUUUAAAUUUAAAAAAAGUUAUUAUUAAUUUAAAAAUAUGGAAAUAAUUUAUAACUCGCAAAAUUAUAAUAAAAAUAACAUUUGCCGUAUUUGCAUGCAGGAUGGUGGCAACUUAUAUCCCAUAUUUAAAGAAAUAUUCCUUGGCAACAGAACCACCACUAUAGCUCAGAUAAUUACCGAGUGUACAAAAUAUCCAGUGACACACAAUGACCAGCUACCAGCACAAAUAUGCAAUGGCUGUAUGGAAGCCGCCCGUAACGCCCACCAAUUUAAAAGUCAAACAGAGGAGGCCUACUGCCAGCUAAAGGCGUUGUAUGAUAUAACAUGGAUUCCCAAACAGGAGAAGGGUAGUGGUUGUAUUAGAAGUGCGGCGGCAGCAACGGUGAGGGUGAGUGCCCUCACCACAGACAAGUAUACACAAACUGAAAAAAGCACAGUGUUUCAGUGUGAGUGUUGCCCGAAAAAGUUUUUCGUUGAAUCAGAAUUAAGGCAACAUCGUGCCACCAUCCAUGUAAAUGAUGCCAAAAAAUGUCGUGUUUGUGGUGAGACCUUUAAUCAUUUAGGUCAACUGAAGGUCCAUUUGUCUACAGAGCAUCCCAGCGAGGGUAUACGUUGUGAUUUUAAGUGUAAUAUAUGCUCGAGGGAAUUUACACGCAAGGACCAUUUAAAAAGGCAUUUAAUACGGGUACACAAGAUCGAAGAUGAUAAAUUAAAUAUUUCCAAAGUAUCUCUGGAUGAACCGGAAAUUGAAAAUCCUCCUCAACUAUCUGCUAGUUUAAAUAACUACAGCAGUCAUUGGCCCGAUUAUCAAGAGGAUGAUGACAACGAAGCUACUGCUCCAAAUGAAACCAUGGCCGCUACAAAUCCUUUCUCAAGUGAAGAUGAAGGCCUUGAGCAUCACAAUUUCAAUGAUAUGGAUGAAGAAGAUGUUAAGCAAUUUGUAGAAACUAUAGCCCAUCCAGAAAUAUCCAUCAAAGGUAAGUCAAGCUUCCUUAAAGUAUAAAUAAACUAAACAACUAAUAGGCAUGUAACUAAUAAUUCUAAUUGGGGGUAUUAAAGAACAUCUUUCGUAACAGAAACUUUAAAUUUUUUUUGUUAACAAUUAAGUGCUAAUUUCAAAAAACCAAAAAAGCUUACAAAAUAUAAAAAAGCAAAUGAAGAAAAAAUUUAUUGGUUCGUAUAAUAAAUUUUGAAUAAAUCUCAAUUAAAGUUCAUUAUUUUUCUAAAAUAUUCCUUAAUUACAGUUGAAAAUCCCGAUUACACUGACAAUAUUUCCACCAGCGUUACUAAACAUGAAAAAACUAUCAAAGAGCACCAAUAGUUCAUUUGAAACUGCAUUAAAGCCAGAAUUAGCAGAGGAUAAUAUGGAAAUAAAAGAAAAUGCUGAAGAGGAGGAGGAGGAAGAAGAGGAUUUAGAUAAUCUCAAUACAUCUUUUCAAGAGCAACAUAGUAAUAAUACAAGUGACGAAGAUACAGAUGAAGACUACCAACAUAGCAGUGAUGAUGAUGAUCAGGAUGACAAUUUCGAACCCACAAAAAAGCCGCCUAAAAACGACUUAGUGACUUCUGUUAAACAGGAUCAGGGUAAUGAAAAACCAGAAUUAGCUACUAGUUCACAGGACAAGCUUAAAACUAAACUUAAGGCCAAUACAAAACAACCCAGGCGACGACAUGGUUCCUCUAAAAAUGAAGAUAAUCGUUGUAAGGAAUGUAAUCGCACCUUUACCCGCUAUAAUCAUCUUCUACGCCAUAUGCUCACACACAGUGAUGAAAAGCCCCAUGUUUGUAAUUUCUGUGGCAAAGGAUUUUCACGUUCGGAUCAUUUGCAAAAACAUAUACAGAGUAUACAUUGUGAAAAGAAUUAUAAAUGUGAUCAGUGUUCGAGUGCUUAUGGACGCAAGGAUCAUUUGCAAAGGCACAUAGAAACGCGUCACAAUAAAGACCCCACCAUACAAAAGCCUCAAUUCGAUUGUGAUAUGUGUGAGAAAAAGUUUACCACCAAGGCCUAUUUGGCAAAACAUAAAUUGUUGCACACCGAUCGCCUGUAUGCUUGCAAACAUUGUUCGGAAACGUUCACCGAAAAGGAACAAAUGAAGGAGCAUCAAAAGAAAAAACAUGCCCAGCCGCGUAAUUUCCUGUGCAAUAUCUGUGGAGACUCAUUUCAGCGUAAUGAAUAUCUUAAAAUACACAUGCGUCGUCAUACCGGAGAAAAGCCUUAUAAAUGUCGUUUUUGUGAAAAAGGUUUUCCUCGGAGCACCGAUUUGAAAAUGCAUGAAAGAUAUCAUAUAGGCCACAAACCUAAUCUGUGUAAUUUAUGUGGCAAAGGUUUUCAUCGUCCCUACAAUCUAACCAUACACAUGCGCACCCAUACCGGUGAAAAACCCUAUAAAUGUAAUCAAUGUCCUCAGGCGUUUGCUCAAAGUAAUGACCUGAAAGCUCAUAUACGGCGUCAUACAGGAGAACGUUUUCGUUGUGAUAUGUGCAGUGCAGCCUUUUUGCAACGUUAUGGUUUAAAUGCUCAUUUAAGAACUGUACAUGGUAUUAUUGUAACCUCAUUUACGGGGCGUUUACGUAAAACAGAACAACCUAUAGAGGGAGGAGAGCAACUUGAUCAAACACCAGCGGCUGUAGUACCAACACCCGCCACACAACAAUUAGCCCCUGCACAACUAGAACAGUCGCAUGCGUCGUUGUCUUCUCCUCAUAUAGAUAGUACUGUAACGCCACCGCCUUUGUAUUUAGGUCAUCAUUUCAUCCCACCAACAGUUGGCAGCGCACCAACAUCUCCCCCCAUUGAUAUUUCAUCUACAAGUGCAACGUCGUCAUCGUCAUUGCCACCUCUUCCAUUAGCACAUCCUUCAACGCAACAAAUGUAAUGUUAAUUUAAUUAUUGUUUUUUUUUUAUAAUAAUUAUUCGAAAAUAAUCCUUAGGAUUUUAGUAUAUUAUGAUUUUAUAUUUACAGCAAUUAUUUAAUCAAUAAAAGAAAAAAUAUACAACUAAAUAAUUGUAAACUAUUU